AUGGAUAUCGAUGAUAUCUUACAUGAGUUUGAGACUGGAGCUCGCUCAUCCAAAACAGAAACCACACAGCCUUUAUACAAUCAGUUGGUUACUGUUAUGCUCAACGAGAGAAUGGCUCCAGAUCUUUUGCCAUAUAAGCAUGAAUUGAUGAAAACGGUGUUGACUGAACUUCUGAACCAGCAGCAAUUUCUUUUGGACUCUUAUGAGUACGGAGACUCCAACGCUGAUUCCGGGGUAGUAAGUGGCGACUUCAAACUCCAACUCAUGAUUAUCGAGACUGAUAUUGAACGGCUUAGUUAUGUGGUGAGACUAUACAUCAGGACCAGGCUAGCCAAGAUCGACAGCUUUCUCAUCUACUAUAUCAACGAAACAGAGGAUGAUACAGGUACUGCCACUUCCUUACUAUCUCCGGAAGAACGAGAUUACAUGCAUAAGCAUUUUCAGAUAUUGACCAAGCUCUACAAUAACAGUUUUCUCAAAAAAUUCCCCACCUUUUUAACUUUAUUAGACGACAACGCCGGUGGCCAGCAAAUGGUAGACGCCCCGGACACAGAACAGCCCGUCUUCAUUCGUGUACUUAGCAAAGAGCCAAUCGUGAUUAGUUUGGGAAAUGAGGGCGAGCUCGAGCUAGUAGAAAACGGAAUUUAUGUUGUUCGCUAUCGCCUCAUUAAAGAAUUUUUGGAGCUUGGUGACGUCGUCUUGAUAUGA